UGAAGAACAUUAUCACCAAAUUUCAUCAACUUCUUAUCAUUUUGACGAAUGUAGCCAUCCUCCUUAAGAAAAAAUCGUACUCGAAUGCUAGAUCGGACGUUCGAGAUAACUUUGCAAAGUUGAUUUAAUGAAUUCGAUGUAAUCCGCGUACUCAGCAACACCAGAUCGACUUUGCUGAAAGUUAUUUCAAUCACGAACGAUCUUUAUCUAUUCGCUCGAGUCUGAAUCCCCGGAGAAUAAAAACGACAUUUUUUUGUUGAAUCUUCGGUAUUAUCGGUUUGAGAUCGAUGCAAUUAUCUUGAUCGUGGAUAAUUUUCACCUAACAAUUGAGCCGGGAAAAAUAGUUGGUUUCCUAACCUUUGAAAAACCGGAAUUUUUACGUUGAAAUCGACCCUUUUUUUACACGAAAUUUGUGCACAAUAUCGAUGAAUUUUUCAAUUUGAGCGACCAAACUAGUGCUCGGGCACUUCGACCAGACUCGUUUUUUAAAGGUUAACCGUGCGAAAAAGCUUGGGCACUUCACUAUAACCCGGGCAAUUUCGGCCUGAGCAACGUUGAGAUACGAGGAACGAUGAGUCUCCGUCCGUUGACUCCGGAUCUGGUGAGCCUGGCUGCUCGGGAGCUGAACGAAAAUGACGAUCAGCUGAAAGAGGCUAUUCGGUACAUCGACGAGUGGCUGAGUAAAACGCCUCACAUCGUAGCGCGAACGGAGCCUCAAUGGCUCGCAAGUUUUUUGCGCGGUUGCAAGUACAGUUUGGAGAGAACGAAAGAAAAGUUGGACGCUUAUUACACGAUAAGAACACAUUUGCCGGAAAUAUUCACGAAUCGAGAUCCGAAGAAAGGAAAGAUCAAGGAAAUACUGAGUUCAGGUACUUACCUGCCGUUGCCACUAACCGCAAGCUCGUCGAGUCCCCGAGUGAUUCUAGUACGUGGAGCGAUAUGGGAUCCGAAGAAAUAUACUUUCCUGGACGUGCUGGUGGUCUUCUUUAUGAUAAUGGAUGUCCUGUUGCUCGAGGACGAUCGGUUGAAUGUAGCAGGCCAGGACAUCGUGCUAGACCUCACCGGAAGUCGUCUUGAGCAUGCCAGUCAAUUCACUCCUUCCGUCAUCAAGAAAGCUGUUACUUGUUUUCAGAAUGCUUACCCCAUGAAAACGAAGAGCUUGCACUUCAUCAACGCGCCACCAACGUUCGACGCUAUAUUCGUAAUAUUCAAGACAUUCAUGUCCGAAAAGUUGAGACGGAGGAUCAUGGUCCACAACAAUCCCAACGACUUGUAUAAAUACAUACCGAAGAGCGUUUUACCUUCGGAUUACGGUGGUGAAGGACCUUCGAUCGAGGCCAUGACGAAGGACUGGAAAAAUAAGGUGACGGAUAGACGAGAGUGGUUCCUCGAGGACGAGAAAUAUCGCGUUAACGAGUCCAUGAGACCUGGCAAACCGAUUUCCGGAAUGGAUCUCUUUGGAGUCGACGGUAGCUUCAAACAACUCAGCUUCGAUUAACACUCAUCCGCAUCCAUCCAUCGCGAUUCUUUUUUUGUAUUUCCACCCGUUUUUCAUUGGAAAAAAAAUCGGUCUCGAAACAUCGCUUUGGUAGCACUAUUGAUUUACAAAUUUAAUUCUCAUAUUUGAAUGAUCGUUGGAAUAAAAUUAUGCGAAAUUCCGAUAUACUUUUACAACUUACGGUUUUGCUAGUGCGUUGCACAUUUCUGACGAUUAUUUUCAUUUAUUAUUGUAGCCCGGAAUCCAUGAUUCUUACUUGCUUGUACGAACGAAAGAAAUUUUAAUGCACAGGUUCCUUCUAAACCGUCAAAUUUUUAAAUCAUCCACGAACGAAACAAAUUGUUUGACCGCUGUAAUUAAACGAAGUUAUUUCUGUUUCAUUUUAACUUUCGCUUUUUUAUAUUAUUGCGAAAAGAUGAAAUGAAAAGAAAAAAACAGUCGUUGAGGUUCAAUAAGAAAGAAAGCAGCAUAUUUUUCAAUUACUGCUAUCGAAUGAUUGAUAUUUUGAUGUCUCGGGGUCGUUUUUUUGUUUUUACUUUUUUCCUUUUUUACAAUGUUUACAAUACUUUUGUUAAAAAGCAUGCCAAAUUAUUUUUGAGCAUUAUCAUCGAUGAAAAAUGAUACCGCGAUUAAUUUUAGGGAGGAGGAAGGUAAGAAUUUUCUUUUUAAAUUCGAAAAAACCCACGAAAGGGAAAGUAGAAAAAUCAAAAUAAAAAAUAAGGAAGAUGUUCCACACUCAUCCAACGAUACCGCACACACAUUAAGUGUUCCGAACCCACCCGACGAUUUCGCCCACACAUAGAAAGACGUUCCAGACCCACCCAAUCACUUCUACGCGUUAAAGAUAAGGGGUUGUACGAGUUUGGAACAAUGAAUACUGAAAGAAUGAAUGAUUACAGUAGCUAAGAAAUUGAAAUUUCGCUUAUAAAAACAAAAUUGUGUUCUUUUUACUUUCCCCACUCUUAAAAUUAAUCGUAAUAUAAUUUUUGAUCAAUAUUACACGUCGCCAAAAAUUUUGGGACUAUUUUUUAUUGAUGCCAAUAGCGAAGGAACGUAAAUUUAAUCUGGAUUUUUUCAAAAUUCUUUUUUUAGUUUAUGUACAUUUCCUCUCUCUAAAAUGAACCCGCACGUCGAUUUUUAUUGAUAAUAAUGCUGAAAAAAAAUGUUACGAGCAUUUUCAGUAAAAAUAAGCAUCGCAAAUA